AUGUCUUCUCUGGACCAUUUAGAUUCGCGGACACCGCUACACAGGGCCACCCCCGACCCCAAGAAUUCUGACACAAUGUUACGGAUCAUUAACAUUGUAACGGCAUCGCUCUGCUCGAUAGUGGUGUGUUUCUGUGCAGGCCUCAAGCUAUAUGCGCGAUACCGGCUCAGGCCCUUUUGUCUGGAUGACUUUUCCAAGUACGGCGGCGGCAUCCAUAAAUGGGACGUUCCAACGGAGGACAUUAUGCCUUUCUUGCAGUGCGUGUAUGCUAUGAUGGUCGUGUACGGUCCAUGUGCCGUCUCCAUUAAGGCAUCCAUUCUUCUCUUUGUCACUCGCAUUUUCAAACCUCUGGAAAGGAUGGUGCUCGUCAUCAACAUCUUUCUCGUGAUGAUGUUUUGCUACUAUUUCAUCUUGUUGUUCAUCAAGGCCUUUAUUUGUCGGCCUAUCGAGCACUUCUGGAACCCGAAUGUGGAUGGCACAUGCUUCAAUCUGCGCUCGCUGAUUCUCGCAGACGCAGCUAUUAGCGUCGUCAGCGAUAUUGCUAUUCUACUUAUUCCGUUCCUGAUGACAGGUUUCUUGCAGUUGCCACUGAAGCGGCGGCUCCGGGUCGGCGCAAUUCUUGGCGCAGGCGGUAUCGCGUGUAUAUGCAGUGUGAUCAGACUAGCGGAUAUUGUGAAGAACGGACAGAGUCACGACAUAACCUAUGUGUUUGCGAAGAUCAAUCUCUGGGGUCUUGCCGAGGUUACAAUUGGUGUCAUAUGCGCCUCCCUACCGGUUCUUCCAGCGCUCCUCAGACGCAAAGGCACAAACUCCUCAGGCAGAACACCAUACGCGUUCGGCUCAAGCUCGGAUAGGAUUGAAAUGCAACGAAGCAGGCGUGGCAUGCCGACUACUAAGUCCCGAAAGCCACUUCCAGGCAACGCAUCUGAUGAGAAUGUCCUCAUUACGGACCGGAAUUAUUGUGCGGGAAACGUGGAAACAUCCAUUCACGGCAACGACUCGGGAGUUUUUCCAUGUUCCUCCGUGGAGGACCAGGGUAUUAUGAAGAUCGUGGAAAUUAAACAGACAAUGAGUCACGACCUAACCGCACCCGAAGCCAGCCAUUCGCAAUCAGGGACCUUGGACGGUCGGAUCGCCGAAAUACCGUGACGCUCGGUGUGACUGACAGCUCAACAUUUAGCUGACGCG